AUGUCUGCUGUGAGCGUGGCGCUGGGCGACAUCAUCAAGGAGAUGUCCUCACCGAAAUUAAUUGACUUUGGGGUGUCGCGCAUCAUCAAGAAUGACUUCAAGUACUGGCAGUCUCUUCUCAGCCCUGAUAUUGAGGGCGCGGGCUACAAGAUCGUGGUCAGGGAGGAGUGGUCGACAGACCGCACAGUCGAGUACUUGAAGGCUGCUCUGCAGUUACAGGCUGUGAGAGAAAGCCUCAAGGUUGGGGAGCCCAGAUUCUACAUCGUAACCGGGGUGAUCUAUGGCAGCAAAGAAGCGGACGGCGAUACGAGCGAGCGGUCAGCGGUUUUGGGAUACCAAUGCCAGAAAGCUUCGGUGGUGCUUCUGACGGCGGCACCACCGAACAGCACAAGGCUUGUCAUUGAGCAGGUUGAGGCUAGUUACAUGGUUGCCUCAUCGAGCUUGAAAUGCUGCAUCAUUGCUGCAUCAUGGACAGGCGCAGACUGGCUGAAAUAUCAGGAUCUGCGUAGCGGAAACAUGAAGAAAGUAGGCCAUGAAGUGGCAAAGGCAAUGAUAUGUGCGUACAAUGUGCGAUCAGACGCUUCUCAGAAGACGGACUCGCUUCAGAUUACAUUGAAGACUUGGGAAGGGAGCAGACGCCUGUUCGGACUCGCUGAAAGGCUCCUUUCGUCAGAGCUAACUUCCUGGUAUUUCUAUGUAUAUCUCUACAUCCCACAGAACAGCCAUCUUGUUGUCCGCCGUGGCAGCGCGAUGGAAGCCUGCGGUCUGGAUGCGUUCUCAAAUGCGACUUUCGUGGGCCUGAAAGACCUCGUUUGA